UUCUCUUUCUCUCUCUCUCUUUUCUGUGUCUGUCUCAGUGUGGGUCUUUCUCUCUGUCUCUCCCUAUUUCUCUGUAUCUUUCUCUCUCUCUGCCUGUUUGUUUCUGUCUCUCCCUGUCUCCGUCUGCCUCUGCGUCUCCCGUGCUUUUCCACUCUGCCUGUCGCUCGCUCUCCCUCUGUCUGUCGCUCGCUCUCCCUCUGUCUGUCUCUCUUGUCUCUCCCUCUGUCCCCCUCUUUGUUUGUCUCUCCCUCUAUGUCUCGCACUCUCUCUGUCAUGCUGCUAUUUCUAACCAAGUGAAAUACCAGCUCUCCGUCAACCACUGCAGAUUGUCCCAAUCUGCUAGAACUGCCAGAUGUUCAUAUACCUCACUGAGAUUGAAGUACAGCUGUUAAGGGAGGCAUAUUGCUGUAUCCACUGAUGGUCCAUCAGUGAAAUAUAAGGCUCCGUGUAACACGGUGUACUACAUACACAAUGUGCCACAAUGAAAGAACUACCACAUUCCAGGACCCAGUGACAGGGGUGGUUCCCAUUGAGAACUGCAUCUUCAAAUUGGAAGACAAACCUUUGUCCAACAUGUCAAACCGGACAGAAGUGCAAGGAGAAGGAGGAGGAGAAGGGCAUCGCCCAAUCAGCAUCGCCAGUGAGGUGUCCAAUCACACUUUGGUUUCGGAGAACUCCCAAGAGCAGCCACUCAAGUCUUCCAGGGGAUCAAAGAAGAAUGCUUCCUUUGGCAAGAGGUCGAACUCCAUGAAGAGGAAUCCAAAAGCCAAUGUCCUGAAGUGUGGCUGGUUGUUCAAGCAGGCAAGCACGGGAGUGAAGUCAUGGAACAAGCGCUGGUUUGUCUUGGCGGAUCGCUGCCUCUUCUACUACCGAGAUGAGAAAGAGGAGGCAGUCCUGGCAAGCAUUCCUUUGUUUAGCUUCCGAAUAAGCCCUGUUCAACCUGCCGAUAACAUCACCCGCAAGCACGCCUUCAAGGCUGAGCACGCAGGUAUCCGGACCUACUACCUGAGUGCGGAGAAUAAGGCAGAAAUGGAAGAUUGGAUCAAUGCAAUGAACGAGGCAGCAAGCAUACAGACUGUGCCCUUGACCAGGACCGGGGUGAAUUUUGAGAAACAGCCUCCCUCAGAAUCGAACCACAUGAGUAAUCAUAAGCGAUUAAUUAAACCCGACCUGGAAAAGACUGGCAGUGAGGCAGAUGGGUUUGAAAGGUACAACAGGGCGAGCGACAGGAAGGACUCCAGCAAGGAACCGGUGGCCAAGGUUAAUGGUCUGUCAGGACAGGAUGGCCCUUUUGACCCCAACAGUCCUGGUCCAGAGCUGAGAACUCACCUGGGAUUCGAGAGGCCCGCCCAGCCCAAUGGACACAACUGGCAGCAGGCGUCUCCUGGGGAGGGGUACUUGCAGCAAGAGGGGGGGAAUGUCGUGCAUCGGAGGGGCUUCGUUCCACGAACCAACACCGAGAAGAUGGCCCAGCGCCAGUCCUCGUUAUCUCAGCUGCAGCAGUGGGUUAACAUGCGUCGAUCUGCACUACCGACGGAUGAGCUGAGGAGUUCACAGGUAUACCACACUCCAACCAGAGAAGUGCCGGAAUAUUAUAAUCUGCUCUCACCCUAUUACCAAGAGGAGUACCCCCAGUUUAUACAACCUGGUGGACGUCCGGACAGCAUUUGCUCUGUGCCCUCAUACAACAGGAUGACAGCCCGGUGGUCAAUCAAUGAGCGACAGCCCUCGUAUCCGAUGAGGGACUGGCAGGGCCGCCAGGCGUACAGUGGGCAGGGCUCGCCUGUUUGGCAUGGGGUGCAGCAGCCUUACCCUCACGAGGUUGACAGUGUUGCUGGCACUCUGCGGAGGCUGUCCCUCCAGCCCCGCUCGCGUUCUGUGCCACGCUCGCCAUCCCAGGGCCCGUUGGUGGUGAACCAUAUCUACUCUCCGGUGAGGUCUCCGGGUGGCCGGCUCGAGAGAGUACCCCCCCAAAGGGACGAGGGUCUUGGAGAUCCCGGUUACACGCUGCGUCGCUCUCGCAGUGCCAAGUACGAAUAUUCAGGAGAAAGAAGACCACCUGGAAUACACCCAUACCACUUCACUGCCUCUCGUUCAAUGCAAGACAGGAUGGAUGAAAUUCUAGACCUUCAGUUGCAAAGGAAACUAGAUUUUUUGGAUCAGCAGGUUCCAUAUCAGGACAGAUACCAGGACGGUCUGCACCAUUACAAGGUCGACGAGGUGGAGAUUGAUAAAUUGCUGGGUCGACUUUGUGAGCAGACCAAGAACCAGCGGGAACAGGAGAAGUGGGUCCUCCAACUGCGGAAGGAGAAGGAGUCUCUGGAAAGUGCCUUGGAAACAACCCAUCGGGAGAUGGCAAUGUACCGUAACCAGCCGAGUUACACUGAGCAACUCGUGCAGAAAAAGGAGUCCUUACAGAACCAGUUGGUCAAUAUCCGCGGAGAACUCUCACAAGCGACUACGGCCUUUGCAAACACAAAAAUGGAGUGCGAUGCCCUCAAAAUGGAGUUGUCCAUCAUUCACAAUGACUUGUGGGAGCAGCUGAACAGCCCCAUGGGAACGCAGGUUGAAGUGGGGUAUAAGCACAUUCAGAAGGAACUCUGGAAAAUCCAGGAUGUCAUGGAGGGCCUGAGGAAGAACUAUCCCGACAGGGUUACAGCAGAGCCUGUCAAACAGAAUGUGCCAAGCACCCAGAUGGGCACCUUCAGCUCCAACAGUCCUGCCAGUCCACUGAGCUCCAACAGCCUCGCCAGUCCCAUGAGCCCCUUCUCUCCUGUCUCCGAAUCACAAUUGUCGGCUCAGCAAGCAGUCAGUGAGGAGACCCGGCCGCCUCGACCACCCCUUCCACAGUCCUACCUGCAGCAAGGGUCGCUGCCUGUAGUCCCUCCUCUUCCCACUGAGAGCAGCCUCUGGGCCUAUUCUAUCGAGGACAUCUGGGAGCAGGCGGAGAAAGGGAAGAACACCUUGGAUACGAGGAGAAUUGAAGGAGUCACGGCACAGAAGUCGGGUUUUGAUGGUUCCAGGAAGGAAGGCUGUCCAGUGUUGCAACCCAGCUCUGAAGGCAGCACGGGACAGAGUAAGCAGGACACAGAAGUGGAGAAGCAGAACAAAGUAGGUGUUGUCCCUCCAAGGACCAAAUCGCCUCCAGAGGAUGCGUCUCCAACUCCAUCCAAUCUUGCAGUUCGGAACAGCGAUAAAACUAACUGUGAAUUCCCGUCAAAACAGGAAAGGGUGAGAGGUAGCGUGCACUCUAGUGAUGCAAAAUCCAAGAUGAGCGUGGAGGAACAGGCUGAGCGCAUGAAGAGGCACCAGAAUGGGUCAUUACGGGGCCAUAACAAGAGGCGGAGUCUGACCCUGACUUCUGGGCAGCUGGCAACUAUGGAUUCCAGCAGCCCAAAACCCAUUGUUCGGAGAGUCACGGUUCCCCGCCGUAAGACCACAGAGAUCAAUAUCUCUCAGCUGGAGGCAGCUGUCCGGGAGGACUUUACGGGCAACUACCAUGAGACCCCCAGGGAGGAGAUUGCACGAUUGAGAAGAAUGGAUCUGGAGCCAGAGCACUAUUCAUUGGACAUCAACAAGGAGUUGUCCACACCAGAUAAAGUCUUCAUCCCAGAGCGUUACAUCGAGUUUGAACCAGAGCUCCCUCUUAGUCCAGAGGAGAUCAAAGAGAAGCAGAAGAAAGUGGAACGAAUCAAAACCCUCAUCGCAAAAUCCAGUUUGCAGAACAUUGUCCCACUGACAGAGGGGCUCAGUGACAGUAACAUGGAUCCUGAGCUUCAGCUGCAGGAACAGGAGAAGCGGAUUGAGAUCUCAUGUGCUCUCGCCACAGAGGCAUCCAGGCGAAGCCGGCUCAUAUCAGUUCCAGCAUCGGGUGCAUCAAGUCCAUCAACCCAGUCAUCAUCACCCCUCUCAUCACCGCCACCACAGGUCACUGAUGGAAGCCAUUUAAUGUGUGUCUGAAGAACUCAAGCUAUCGCUGCCAUCAAGUGUCACGGGUCAACGUACUGAAGGCUCGCUGAGGUGUAACGACACUACCUUCAGGCGUGAGCUGAGGAAUAACAAGUCUUAUCGGGGACCAGCUGAGACCCAGAAACCAGGACUGAGUGGCUGCUUUACAUUCAAAGAAGGCAGCCCCUCCAGAGAUGCAGUAUUUACUGAAGAGUUUCUUAUUUUACUUCUUCACAUAAUAAGUUUUUUAUUUGACCGACUGAGUUCUCAAAGGAAGGAAAGUCUGUGAAGGAGUAUUUUAAUUUCUAAGCUCUCCCACUGUGUAGUGGAGAAAAGAAAUUCUAAUAAUGUGGAGUGACUUUUUAAAAGGAACUAUAUUGGGAUCCAAAUUUGCUCGUCCUCUGACAGGAGGAGAGAAUGGGAAUGGGAUAUUAUGGGGUGCGUCAUACUGAAGGUUGGAAACGUCCACUGAAAAGAGAUGCGUUAGCCUUUGACUCGGUGGGGAGCAUUCUGACUCAAAGGUUGUGUGUUUGAGUCCCGUUCCCGAGACUCAAGUAGAGGAUUCUUGCCUAAUGCUCCCAUUGCAUGACUGAGUGAUGAACUGUUGGAGGUGACAUCUUUCAAAUGAGAUGUUAAACUAAGACCCUGUCUGACCUCUCAAGUUCAGGCAUCUUGAAGAUCAGGGGAGUUUUCUGAGUACCCGACUGCUAAUUAUUCCCACACCUAACACUGGAGUGUGACAUUGCUGUCUACAAGAAUGGGCUACGCUAAAAUACAACACCAACUUUCCACUUUGGAUGACCUGAGAUCAUGUAAAGUGCUUUGGCAAUGAAAUUCUUCUUUUAGAAAGGGGCCGGUGAAAUUGACAGUGGGUUGUCUAGUGGUGACCCUGAAGAUGGUAAACUAAUUCUGGGAUUGCUUGAGUGUGUCCCUGCCCCCACGAAAGUGCACUUAAGAGAGACUAGGGCUGGGCACCCAAUGUGGCAUGCUAGGCAAAUGUUAUUACCCCAUGUUGACCCUGCCAGAGGUUGGCAAUAAAAAUUAGGAGUUUGGGGUGAUGGGAAGAUGUGGCUAAAGGCAUUUGCUGUUGAUAGGAUUAUACCUCCAUCAAGGAUCAGGCUUUUCUCAAAGGGUCAAUGGUUCCACCAAUGGUGAACAAGGGCAGGGGCAAAAUUCCAUCACUGGGGUUGGAAGAGGUUGGAACAGAGACUACAUUCUGAGUGCUCUGGUGGUCCAUCUCAUCCCAGGAUCAAUGUGAUACCAGCAGCGUACUUCACAAGGUUGUCUGAUGACAUCCUCACCAAAGCUUGGCAGCUCCAAGUUAGAUCAUCAACUGCUCAAAAGUGGUAAUUGUCAGUACAAUUGGAGGAAUCUCUCAAAGGCAUCUCCACCAUGGAGCACACUCAAGGGAGAGGCACAGAGAACAAGAACUCCCAAUUUAAACAGAAGUCCCUUCCUAGACUUUCCUUCUCUCCCAGACCAGUUGGUGUCACAGCUGUUACUUAGUAGAAAAUCUGAGCAAAAAUCUGCGUCAAAAUAAUCAAAAAGCUUGGGGAUAAAAAAAAAAUUCCCCUUUGGCUCUGCUUUUAUGUCUAACAUGUUUGGCAACUAAUUUGAAGAGGCCUGAAUGUGGACCUGCUAAUAUGUAACCAGCUAAUCCACACAACUUGCUAGCCAUGUGGCCAAGCCCAUUGUCUGAACAGUUGCCGCUCAUUUGCACAAUGUGAUGCAUUUUCAUGGCAAUGGCUCAGCAACUUGCAUUGCAACUUAGGGUGAUAGUUCCAUCUUCCAGAACUUGCAUCAAGUGCAGUGCCCUGGCUAUUGAUGAGUUCUUGAGUAAUUCAUUGAAUAUGGUAUUGGAUAUUUGAAGUGAUUGUUAUAUUGACACUCAUUGCAGGAUAUUACUGAACUUUUGCCCUGUAUAUAUGUGUUUUAUUUUGUUAUAUCUCUGUAUAAAGAUGAAAAGUUUAUGGCAGAAUCUAAAGGGGCUGAGCUCCUUCCACUGGUCCUGAUGUGCAUUUGCAGUCUUGUCAGUCUGAAGUUCCACUGUGUGUAGAUAUGAGAUACAUUGUGAGACAGUGGGGCCAAGGUCUCUCUACGCAAUUGAAUUAGCUAGUCUCACUGGCCAUCGAUCAGUAACAUGGUUUUGAUCAGGAUUUAUUUCUAGGACUCUUAAGGCACUUACCUAUUUAACUGCUAUCACAGUCAGCAGACCGUCCUUCAGGGUGGUGAGAAGAUCCAAAUUCUCAAAAGUUAGUCUCCUCUGCAGAGUUCCCUACAGUAGAACAGACAGCUCACAAUCAGUCUUGCUUUAGCACUUUGUCCAAGGUUAUAGUGAGGCUCUGGUUAGGACAGCCAGCUAGGGUGAAUGUUCAGAAGGGGGCAAGGAUUGCACAGGGAUACUGCCUUUUGUCUGCGGCAACUCUGAAUGGUUGAGAAUGUUGGUUUGACUGCAGUUCAAGGACCCACAGGAUGAACUGUGGGACAACUUUGCAUCUCGCAGUCUCUGAAAAUCAGCACAGAGCCACCCAGGCACCAGGCCAGUUAACCAGGAUAACUUUCCAGCCCUGGUUUGAUCUCACAGGUCUGAUGAUUGCGGCAUCUCUGCUGAGCACACGUUAUCUGAUGCCCCUUCUAUACGGGCUCUAUGUGUGAUAGUUGAGGAUGAAAUGUAAAAGGCACCCCCAUAAUCAUGUGAAGGGCUAAUCAUCAGCAGGGUUGUAGGAUUUCACUGCAUUAGUUCUGAGACAACAAACCCUCCUCUCCCCUUCUGUCCUUUCUGGCUUAUCGUGUGAAAGGAUUAAAGCAACAUUCCUGUAAAGCAAAACAAAUCUUCACACUGACUUCUUUCUGCUGGAAUAAUUGCAAUAUUGCUGCUCCGAUCCUUACUUUGCCUCAGUCGUCCUUGUAGUGGAGGAUAUGGAACAAGAGGACAAACAAUGUUACCAAUUCUGCUCCAAUCAAAUGCCAAGUGUGGGUGCCUAGAACUGAGGUGGAGCCAAUAAUUGAGGGAUCUUAUCGCUAAAAAUGUGAGUGGCAUUGAGAGAUAACAUUGCAUUUAAGCAUCAAUGCCAAAGGAGUUUGAAUGCAGAGCAAUGUGAAAAAGCAAUGUCGGUUUGGGAAUCAGCUCAUGUAAUGCUCAGUCUGAGUUUGCAGCAGCUGCAGUGUAGCUCCAGUCUAAACCUAGAGGGAUGACAAACAUUGGGAGGCUCGCAUAUGCAAUGGUACAUUGGCAAGUGAGCUUAUGUUUCCUGGGAUGUUGGAGAUGUACUUGAAGAGAGACUGAUUAGGAUUAUCAAUACUCACUGGAGUUUAGAAGGACGGGAGAAUCUUAAUGAGAUACAAGGCUGGGGGAGGGGUUAACAGAGUGCAUGCCAAAUGGGUAGUUCCUCCAGCUGGAGAGACGAGAGCCGGGGGUUAAGGAGUUGUCCCACUAGAUUAGAAAUGAGGAGAAACCUUUACGUUGAAUAUAUUCAAUGGAUCAGGUUUUAAGACGGAGGGAAUCGGAGGAUAGGAUAGGAAAGUGGAGAAGGAAAAGGAUUACUGAGUGGUGAAGAAAGCCUAACCCAACUUCUCUGUCUUAUCCACUGAUGCUUUGCAGCUGCAAAGAUUGCACAGAUGCCUCCUCUCUAAUAGGCUGGUAUGCGUUUCACUUUGGUUUGGUCUUACAGCUGAUUCUAGUAACAUCUCUGGAAAUAAAAACAUUCCUGUGACAAGAUGAUUCUUCACAUUGCUCUGUCUCCAGUGUGAAGGAUUUUUCUGCUUGAAUGAUUGCAGUGUCGCUAAUCAGAGUCUCCACUUUUCCCCCAUUCCUUGCAUCAUCAGUGAAGUUAUCACACUUCACCUUUAAUCACACUUCCAUUCAAUGCAUGAGACUGUUACAUGAAUUGUCAGCUGAAUCGAAAGAAAAGUUUGCAAAGCAAAAAAAAAGCUGCAGAUGCUGGAAAUCUGAAGUUAAAACAGAAAAUGCAGGAUGCACUCAACAGGUCAGGCAGCAUCUAUGAAGAGAGAAACAGAGGAAACAAUUCAGGUCGGUGACCUUUCACCAGGACUGAUAAAGGGACAUGGAUCUGAAAGGUUAACUUUGUUUCUCUCGCCACAGAUGCUGCCUGACCAGCUGAGUAUAUCCAGCAUUUUAUGUUUUUAUUUAUGAAAGAAAAGUUUUAUUUUUUAAUAAAAGGAACAGGAAGUUUAUGUAUAAUGGCUCUGGCACUAAUAAUCGUACCUCGUUCAAUCUGUUUUUAAAAGUCAGAGCUAACUGUUACAGAGGGUUUUGCAGUAGUAGUUGUAAUUUACUUGGUGUACUUCGGUGUCUUACGAGACUCUUAUUCCACAUAGUUAUUGGGGAUAUUAGUUUUCGUGCAGUGAAGUGCAGGGGUUGUGAUCAUUUGGAUGCAGUUUUGUUCAGCAGUAUCACAACAGCAGGACCUCAGCUGCUGAGGUCACAAAGCACAUUGAGAAUAAUGGAAUGAGGAAUCAAAACAAGCAGGGCGGCCAUGAAGGAACAGAGACACAGGGAGAGCAGUGUCAAGGAGCCCUCCACCAAUCCCGAGGGUGCAGCACAGGCUGGGGGUAUGUAAGCUGAGGUACAGAAUGAGUAAGAUGGACAGGGGAGGUGGAGGGACGUGACGGUAUGGGAAUGUGAGAGCUUGCAUCGGAAUGAGUCUAAUGGUUGAGAAAGUGAGGAUGGAAGUGUAGGGGUUGUACAUCAGGUUAGCAGAAGAUGAAGUGGGAAGAGGAUUAGACUGGAAGUUGAAACGCGGGGGAGAGUUAAGCAUAACAAGAAUCAUUCUGCUAGCAGUGAAGUUGAGCCAAGUGUGUACGUUGCAUUGUGAGCUCCACAAUGGUUUCAUUGAGGGCUCACAUGUGAAUUUGCCCCCUGUACAAUGACUAAAGCCAGCAGCCUAUUUUUAAUCAUUGUCCAGGCCCCAUUUUUUUCGCACACUGACUCUGAUUUCACUUUAUGCUAAUUUAAAAUCCCAGUAACAGCCUAGGCAGACUGCUAUGCGGCAGUUAGUAUCCACUAGCUAACUUCUCAAAGCACCAUAACGCAAAGACAAUAUGUGUAGAAGGUGCAAAAGCAAUUCCAAUUUAUUUAGUCAAACAAAGCACAAACUUGAGGAGAUUCCAGCAAAGAAUCUUUUAAUCUACUUAAGUGCAAACAAGAAUGUAAUAUUUAUGAAACAAUUAUCUAAACACCAAUUUGUGGGAGGUAGAGGAGGACUGCUCUCUGCCCUUGGUGAUUAUCUUAUCUUCUCAUAGACAUCACUUCCAAGCACAAAAUAUUCCCAGGAAGCCAAACUGAGGAUCACCUUGGAACUUCCUUUGGUGUUUUCCUCCGAUUAUAACCCUAGCAGCAGCAGGCUACUGGCACUUGAUCACUUCCAAAAGGCAUAGGCUUUGUACCGGUCAACAAACUGGUUUCACUAUUUCUGUUUGUCUCAGGGCAGAAGGAUGUAUGGAGUUCAAGAUGGAAUAGUGGCCAUCCAUAGACUUGAACCAAGCACCCUCUGUGCCCCCUGCCAUCUGCCUGUGACCGAGGAUAAAUACCCAGCAUUCAUGAUUCCCUUUGAACUUGCAUGUUGGACCGGGAUGAUAGACUGGUCUUGGUCUUACCUGGUGUAGAUUUCUCCCUCUAUCAUCUUCAUCUCAGUGCAGUUACUUACUUUGUUGCAUUUCACUUGGUGUGAACCACUCUCCAGAACUUCAUAGCCAUGUGCAGCCUGAGGCAAUUAAUGUUGAUUAUAGGAGGGUACAGUCCUAUCUAUGCUUAACAUUGUCCUUCAGGCAAGGGGGCAUUAAUUAGUGACCAUCCCUUUUAUUUUGAUACCCUCUUCAACCCAAGUAGUAUUAGAAUGCUACUAAUUUGUUACACAAAUCAUGACCUUGCUGGGUUAAGGCUUCAAUGCAAACACUCCUGUAACUGACCCACACUUUCACAUGUCUGUCUUCUUCAGAGGAGGAUGAGAAGUUUCAAAAUAGUCAGGCCUUCUAUGCUCCCACCAACAUUCCUAACUGCACCAAAGGUUGGUUGAAAUGCAAUCUCACAAAUUGAAACAUCAGAGCAGUCCAGGGCUGGAGGGAAUGGAUUGCUGGCUCCAGCAACCGUGCCUCCUGUUCAAAGGAAGGUUUAUUUCGACAGGGUUGGGAAGCAGCAGAAUCGAUGGCUUAAUGAGAGAAGGCCAAGAGGUGGAGACUUUAACAUUUGGAACCUCAUGACAUGGAGUUCUUUUCACCUGUUUUGUUCCCAUUUCCUUUUUGACAAAGCAGGAUAUUUUUCAUAGACUAUAAGCUGUUUAUUGCGUGACUGCUAACGUUUUUGGGGGAAGGGUGUUUUAUAGCUCACAUUGGUUGUUUGGGGAUUUAGACAAGAGGUAUACCCUAUAAUGUACAUCAAUGUAUUGUAAUAAAGAAAUAUCAAAAACUAUUAUGAAAAAUAUUGAAACUAACCAGAAUAAAAAAAUGAAUGUAAAAA